CGAACCUCAAGAAACACCCUUUUAAAAUCCCAACCCCUUUAACGUCCACUCCACUUGCGUCUUUUCUUCUCACACCAAACCUACAGUCCCAUCUUCUCUACUCGCGCGCGCGCUCUCUCUCUCUUCCUCUAGGAAAGCUCCCAUGGCAACAGAAGAAAUCCAUAACCCUCCACUAGCUCAACCUCCUACCCCAGCUGCUUCUCUCCCUCAGUACCCUGAGAUGAUUAUGGCUGCCAUCGAGGCUUUGAACGACAAGAAUGGCUCGGACAAGUCGGCUAUAUCCAGUUAUAUUGAGUCGACUUACACGGAUCUGCCGGAGGCUCACUCGACCCUGCUCUCGCACCACCUCGACCAGCUGAAACAGAGUGGGAAGCUCGUCCUGGUCCAAAACAACUAUAUGAAGCCCGACCCUAACGCGCCUCCGAGGCGUGGGCGCGGACGCCCACCGAAGCCCAAGGCGACGGUCCCAUCCGGAACCGUGGUCGGAGUCGGGCCGCCCAGACCUCGAGGUCGUCCACCCAAACCGAGAGAUCCUUUCGCACCACCGCCGCCGCCCAAAGCGAAGAAUGCAUCCUCAGGAAGUGGCAGGCCUCGUGGCCGUCCUCCCAAGAAGGCCAAGACGGCUUCGGCUCCGGCUCCGGCUUCGGCUGCUGGUGGGGCGCCUAGAGGGAGAGGAAGGCCGCCGAAGGUGAAGCCGGCUGUGGCACCAGUUGGGUGUUGAGCUAGAUCAGAGACAUGAGAGAGAGAGAGAGAGAGAGAGAGAGAGAGAGAGACUCUUUUUUAUUAGGUGUAUUAGUUCUCUGCUAAUUGAUGUUUUUUAAUUUUUAGCUUUAUCUUUAUGUUUCUCCACUUUUGUUUUUCUUUAUUUAAUCUCCCUCUCUCUCUGACUUUUGUCGGUUCUUCUCUUUUUUUUUUUUUUUUUUUUAAAUUUAAGUGGUUGGGGUUGUAACGUCAUAAUGUGGACUGUAAUUGCAUGUAAAUUGUGCAGCGGCUGUUUAGGCUUUGUUUAGAAUCAUGAUUCGACCAAUUCUGAUUA